GUGACUUAUUAUACUAUAUAAACGCUAGACCAUUGAGUGAUGCAAAUCACAAAGCUUCUUUAAUAACACACAUACAGAUUCUUUCAACAGCUGCCACUACCUUUCGAAAUGGAAUUUGGUACCGGCAACGGCUACAGCAACGGGAACGGCUACACCAAUGGAAACGGCCACACCAACGGAAACGGCAAUUACAACGGCAAUGGCCACGUUAAUGGUAACGGAAAAGCUAACGGAGCCAAGGUGGUAAAGAUGAAACCAAUGGACAGUGAGUUGCUGAGAGAGCAAGGUCACAUAAUGGUUGAUUUUAUUGCUGAUUAUUACAAAAACCUUCAAGACUCGCCUCAAGAUUUCCCUGUUCUGUCCCAAGUUCAGCCUGGUUAUCUCCGUGACAUGUUGCCUGAUUCAGCACCUGAACGACCUGAAUCGUUAAAAGAACUUCUCGACGAUGUUUCGAAGAAGAUAAUGCCGGGGAUAACUCAUUGGCAAAGCCCGAGUUACUUUGCAUACUAUGCAUCAAGCACGAGUGUGGCUGGAUUCUUAGGAGAGAUGCUUAACGCCGGCCUGAGCGUCGUCGGUUUUACCUGGCUCACUUCUCCUGCCGCUACUGAGCUCGAAAUCAUCGUUCUUGAUUGGCUUGCUAAAUUGCUACAACUCCCCGACCAUUUUCUCUCCACAGGAAAAGGAAAUGGAGGAGGAGUAAUCCAAGGGACAGGAUGUGAAGCAGUGCUUGUGGUAGUAUUAGCUGCUAGAGACAGAAUUCUGAAGAAAGUUGGCAAAACAUUACUUCCUCAACUUGUUGUCUAUGGCUCUGACCAAACCCAUUCUAGUUUCCGAAAAGCUUGUCUGAUUGGUGGGAUACAUGAAGAAAACAUUAGGCUGCUCAAAACUGAUUCUUCCACAAACUAUGGAAUGCCUCCAGAAUCACUUGAGGAAGCUAUUUCUCAUGAUCUCGCUAAGGGUUUUAUCCCUUUCUUCAUUUGUGCCACUGUUGGCACAACGUCUUCAGCAGCGGUUGAUCCUUUGGUCCCAUUGGGGAACAUCGCAAAGAAAUAUGGGAUAUGGUUGCAUGUGGAUGCAGCUUAUGCAGGGAAUGCAUGUAUAUGUCCAGAAUAUCGAAAAUUUAUUGACGGGAUUGAAAACGCAGACUCCUUUAACAUGAAUGCUCAUAAAUGGUUAUUUGCUAAUCAAACUUGUUCACCUCUUUGGGUUAAGGUAUGUUGGUUUUAUCUCAUUCUUAAUUUAUUGUUCAAUUAGUCAAUUUAAAUUCAUUAAUAGUAUUUUUUUGUAUUGUGUUGUAUAUAUUGGAAUCAAUCAGGAUCGAUACUCUCUCAUUGAUGCUCUCAAAACAAAUCCCGAGUAUCUAGAAUUCAAGGUCAAGGUCUCUCAUGUUCAUCAUUUUGUUACAAACAUAAAAGAACCAUCUAUCUAUAUUGAAGAUCUAAAGAAGCGUUAUCAUAUACAUGUAGAAUAUAUAACUAAAAUGACAAUAAGAAACUAACAAGUUUUACUAAGAUCUCAAUGGAUAUAUCAUUCAUGAAAAUAUUGAAAUCGUUAGCAAUGUAUAUUUUAAGACGGUGAAAUAUGUUGAAUGAGAUGAUCUUAUAUUUGAUUCAAUGGAAAUGUCAGGUUUCCAAAAAAGAUACGGUCGUAAAUUAUAAAGAUUGGCAAAUUUCUCUCUCUCGGAGAUUCAGGUUCUUUAUAAGUCCAUUUGAUGUUGUAUUUGCUGGUCCUAUUAGUCUAACAAACUUAUAUGUACACGCAUUUGAUUUAUACAGAUCACUGAAGUUAUGGAUGGUUUUACGGCUCUAUGGUUCCGAGAACUUAAGAAACUUUAUAAGAGACCAUGUCAAUCUCGCUAAGCAUUUUGAAGAUUAUGUAGCUCAAGAUCCAAGUUUUGAGGUUGUCACUACUCGGUACUUUUCACUCGUUUGCUUUCGCCUUGCGCCAGUUGACGGCGAUGAAGACCAAUGUAACGAACGUAACCGUGAACUGCUUGCGGCUGUUAACUCCACUGGCAAGAUAUUCAUCUCUCACACGGCUCUAUCUGGAAAAUUCGUUUUACGAUUUGCUGUUGGUGCACCGUUAACGGAAGAGAAGCAUGUCACUGAAGCAUGGCAGAUUAUACAGAAACAUGCCUCCAAAUUUACACGCAACGACCAUUAUUAAUAAUAUUUCAAAAGAAACCCACUAUCUUUUUUAUUUCGAUCAAUAAAGUCCUUUAUUUUCAACGAUUUCCACUGGAGGGGGACAUUGUUAUGCUAUUAGGAAUAAACUUAUCAAAUCCUCUUUUAUUGUAACUUCCUCAAAGUUGAAAGUAGUAAAAUUUGUUUUUACUAUUCAUGUGUCCACAAUCAUUCGAUUUUACUGUAUCUUUUUUUUUUGUAAACAUAUAUAUUGAGAGGACCGAAGUUAUUGGGAUUGGGUAUGUGAGAUUAGUUUAUUAGAUUUGGGCCUGGCCUUACUAUUAAAAUAAUUGACAUAUUU